AUGCGCGGUGCCACGAUCCUCAAGUCCAGCGACGACAAGACCCGCGUCCUCAACAAGAACAACCUGAUGGCUUUCUCCGGCGAGGCGGGCGACACAGUGCAAUUUGCCGAAUUCGUCCAAGCCAACGUUGCUCUGUACUCGAUGCGCAACGAGACGGAACUGGGUCCUGCCGCCCUGGCCGCGUUCGUGCGAGGCGAGCUGGCCAAGAGCCUGCGGUCGAGGCAUCCGUAUACUGUCAACCUGUUGCUCGGCGGUGUGGACCCCAUCACCAAAGAGCCGAGUCUAUACUGGCUGGACUAUUUGGCGAGUGCGGCGAAGGUGCCAUAUGCGGCGCACGGCUACGCGCAAUACUACUGCCUCUCGAUCCUUGACAAGCACCACCACCCAGACAUUAGCUUCGACCAGGGCAUGAAGAUUCUGCGAAUGUGUACCGACGAGCUGCAACGACGGCUGCCCAUUGACUUCAAGGGCAUGACAGUCAAGGUAGUCAAGAAGGACGGCGUGCAGGAGAUCGAGUACGACACCAGCAAGCAGGUUCUCAGUGCUUGA